GCGCCUACCCUCGCAUGUACCUCUUCAGCUUAUCUCCGUGAAUACAGUGUUGGGAGUGCACUAUAAGGGGCCUGCUAGUCAGGGGUGUGUCUGUGUUAGUGAGGCGAUGCUCGCCGGAGCUUCUAGCGCGGUGUCGCCUUUAGCGCAAGGGUGAGGACUGGGACGCAGGGAAACUGUGACCGUAACAUUAGAUGGCGGAGAAAUUAUGUUAUGUAAAUGUGUAAUACAAGGCACUUGAUUCCUUUCAGAAAUCUUUACCGGGCAGUUUAUCUAUAAAAAUUAAUCUUAAAACACAUUGCUUUAGUAUAGUGGUGCACCGAUGCGGAUACCGAUGAAUCGUAAUCGGCGAUUAUGGGUACUUACCAAUUAAUCGUAAUCGACGAUUAUCUUAACGAUUACUUUGCCGAUUAUCUACAUCCCGGCGUAAUUAUGUAGGUUUUUACCGUGUAAUAUUUUGUUACACGUUUUAGGACGAAAUACGGUAAUAUUUGUAUAUAUUACAAAAUUCAUCUAACUCCGUCAUAUCAAGAUUACAGAUAUUUCGUUAAGUUUAAUUAAUCUCAUUGCCUCUAACAAUAAAAAUUACAUUUUUCCUACACGUUUAUUUACGUUUCGUCUUUUAUUCUGUCAUUUGUUUAGUGGCCUUGUACAUUACCUAUAGCCAGAGACGUAAAAUAGAUGGCACACAAUCAAAAUACCACAAGCAGUUGCAGUGUAUUCUAUGAGAAUCGAUCUUUUCGAGUCGUAGUAGCGGUUUAAAAUCGUGGUCCCGAUACCUUUCAGAGUUUAUCACUGCGUUUUACAAACUCGUUAUGGGCGUCUUUGGUAACAUUAUCCAUUGUUGUGUUAUUUGUAUGUGACGUGAAAAGUGAAAAAGUAUUUAUAAUUUUAUACAUUCAGUCAACAUUAAUAAAAUCACAUGUGCUAGAAUUGGUUUUGAGUCAUUUUUAUAUAAUUAUAGUGAGAUGGCGACUAGGGAGAAAAAUAGUGAAGUGCGGAAACAUUUUUAUAUAAACUCAAGUGAACAAAAUAUAGCAACAUGUUUACAUUGUUAAACGGUAAUUUCUCGAUGCAACCUUAUGUGAUAGUGGAUAAUAAUGCUAGUUUUCCGCAACAAAAACUUACCCAUUGUAAAUUACAAUUAUUAGACUGUAGUUCAAGUUGUUUACAAUAACAAAUAUAGAUAGAAGUUAAAUUAAUUUACUCUUUGCAAUGACUUAAUAGUGCAUUUUAUAUAUUUUUAUACUGUUAUUAUAACUGUAUUCUCAAUCCUACCUACUCUUGUAAUUAAAUUCACAUGGGAAUAAAAAAUUUUGUGUGCAUUAUUACACUUAAAAAAAUUAUUUCAUUAUAAUCGGUAACUGAAUCGGUAUCUGCCGAUUAUUGCUCUCAAAAUCGGUAAUCGAAUCGGUAAUCGGUAAAGCCAUAUCGGUGCAUCACUACUUUAGUCCUUUUCACACUCCUAAAAAUACAUUUUAAAAACAAAAUGUGGAAACAAAACUACCCAAUGCAUUCAUGAAUGCUUUUAAUAAACAGACACCUCUCGGAUAUCUUGAGCAGUUUUAAAUUUUCGUGGUUUCUUCUGAAAUACUGCACACUGUGUGUCCAGGUAGGUGGGCCCCUUAAGACAGAGUUACCAUUCAUUAAAUAACUGGCUUCUGAGUUUUGUCAUUGAGAAACCUGUUACCGCUUAAUGUGAUGGAAAAUUUAAUCCCAGAGUAAAGCAUUGAAAUGCUGUGUCAUCUGAAAUGGUCAUCUGAAAUGGAAGUACAAUGGAAAAAACCAGCUGGCCAUCAGCAAUACAGGUCUAUAGCCAACAUGUAUAAAUUCAAUAUAAAUUAGUUUAGUCUUUCUCCGGUUUAUUCAGUGAAUUUUUUGUGUAUCUUUUCUCAUUUGGAUUGAUUGCAGAUGUGAUCGUAAAGAACUUCUUAUGUUUCAUAUCUGAAACUGCUUUGCUCAUGGGCCGGAGUGACGUGUGCUGCAGGGAGUGAUCGUAAUGACAAUUGUCUGUGCUUGAUUGCCACAGUAGAGUACGUGUUGUGAGUGGCAGAGACGGGCCGGAGUGGCGUGUGCUGCAGGGAGUGAUGGUAAUGACAAUUGUCUGUGAUUGAUUGCCGCAGUAGAGUACGUGUUGUGAGUGGCAGAGACGGGCCGGAGUGGCGUGUGCUGCAGGGAGUGAUGGUAAUGACAAUUGUCUGUGAUUGAUUGCCGCAGUAGAGUACGUGUUGUGAGUGGCAGAGACGGGCCGGAGUGGCGUGUGCUGCAGGGAGUGAUCGUAAUGACAAUUGUCUGUGCUUGAUUGCCACAGUAGAGUACGUGUUGUGAGUGGCAGAGACGGGCCGGAGUGGCGUGUGCUGCAGGGAGUGAUGGUAAUGACAAUUGUCUGUGAUUGAUUGCCGCAGUAGAGUACGUGUUGUGAGUGGCAGAGACGGGCCGGAGUGGCGUGUGCUGCAGGGAGUGAUGGUAAUGACAAUUGUCUGUGAUUGAUUGCCGCAGUAGAGUACGUGUUGUGAGUGGCAGAGAUGGGCCGGAGUGGCGUGUGCUGCAGGGAGUGAUGGUAAUGACAAUUGUCUGUGCUUGAUUGCCGUGAUAGAGUGCGUGUUGUAAGUGGCAGAGACGGGCCGGAGUGACGUGUGCUGCCGGGAGUGAUGGUAAUGACAAUUGUCUGUGAUUGAUUGCCGCAGUAGAGUACUUGUUGUAAGUGGCAGAGACGGGAACCGGUCAAGUCUACGAAUUCGUCAACUGCCCGAACGGUUCCCCUACGCUCCUUCUUACCCUCUCCACAUUCCUCUAUGUUCCAGCGUGGUCUCUGGAGGUAGCCCUGGGGGAGGGUGAAGUUGACCAAUAGGGAGGUUACAGCACCCCUCCUUCUUUCCGCCACGCCUCCCCCCUACCGUGGUGGGGACUGCUAUUGUCACUCGCCUCCCGCUGCAGUGAAGGCUGGAGGAUCUAAGGAACGCAUAUUGACCGUCUGGACAAGUAUUGUCAGGAGUGUUGUUGGGACGGACUAAGCGAAGAAUGAAAAGUAAGUGACCUUGGAAGCAGUCCCCAAGAGGACGAGUAUCUGGCAACCACGCAAAAGCGCGACUGUCUACCUGCUCUUAGUGUGGCUGGCUGCUGUCUUCUCAGACAUGCUGGCAACUGUUGAGUUGCGGCUAGCAGCACACAAUUCUAGAAUACCUGGGGGAAAAAAAACAUGCAAUCGUCUUGUGAUACAAACCUGCUUUAUUAAUAAAAACACUUCUUGUUUUGUUAAAUAGCAAUAAAAUAACUUAUUCUCAGCUGUAUAUUGCCGUUUUCAUUUUUCAUUUUCAAGAGACAGUCAAUUUUUUGUGAACUUUUUAGAAGUAGGUAUUAUUUAUUUACUUCUUAAUGCACAUUUGGCACUAACCACUUUAGAAGAUCACGAACCACUGCAUUUAAUUGUUUGAGUAACGAAUGUAUAGAAUACCAAAAUCAAGGAAUUUACCUGAUUAGUUUCCUAGGUUUGUAUACGUUGUGCCAUUGCAGCAUUCAGCUGGGCGUACACUCGUUUUUGCUUAACUAUUUGUGUGUUGUUUUUUGUUUCGGCAAACUGAACGCUGGUUUAUUUUUUUUAAGAAUUUCUGUUAUGGGGGUAAUUUAUUUGUAUUUUUGUCUUUAAGUGAAGGUAUGUUUUGUUCUAACCAUUUGUAUUGUAUUUUAUUAUCACAUAAUUAUUAUCCAAUUUAAGUGCAUCAAGAAUCAAAGAAAAGAACUCUGAACAAAUUUAAUUAUUUUAAAGCUUAAUUAAUUAUUAUAUUUUCGUCAAGGCAGUGAGUGAGCUAUUCAGUUUUCGGAACUAUUCUUUAAAUUGUGCAUUUGUAACUAUGUUUGGCUAACUGUGUUAUGCCAUCUAUGGUCACUUCCUUCUUCUUGGUGACCAUCAUGUGAAAAACUGUAUUAAUUUUCUGCUCUUAAUUUAUCCACCGCAUCCAUGCGGUAGUUUCAAGUUUGGGUAGCCGCCUAUUGGCGGCCCACGAGUCAUGGAUCUGGAGUGCUUCCCUAUGCCGGCCAUGCUAUGAACUACUUGUAAUCCUUUGUUUGGAGUAGAGGAUGUUCUCCUCUCUUUUCUGACGGCUACGGGAUUCACUCACUCAUGAAUUCAGGAAAGUGAUUCUUCGUUUUCAUACUUCGCAUGAAGCAUGUGUUCGGCAAUAAAUGUGGACAACCUACCUAAAUUCAUUUUAUAAAUUUUUCAUCGUUUGGUUAUUAUUUGGUUUUGCUAACAUAAAUUUAUGAAUUAAAGUAACAUUAAUAAUUUGUUUAAUGUUUUGGGGCCCCAUAUUUUUUUUUCUUUUUUUUUUAAUUUAAGUAACAAAUGUAACAAGUAACAAAUGUAACAAGUGAUAUUCUAUUUAUUGUUUAUGAAGAUUUAUAAAUAACUAAGUAAUAAUGUAAUACUCAUAAAGUUUUUUUUUAUAUCAAAUAUAACUGAUGGUCUGAAAAUGAGUUAGUUUCUAUUUUAAAAUAUUACCCCCAAGUUAACCUAAAAGAAAAUAUUUCUUAUAAUUUUGUGAGCUGGUUGUUCAGUCGGCCUACCUUUGUGCCUAACUAUUUUUCAACCUUGAGGUAAGACACCAUUGAGCCUAAGGUUCAGGGCAACUUCCACUGCGAGCCUUUCUCGGAAUGGUCAAACCUAACCAGGCUGGGAAAGGUUGGUAGAACGUAAAGAAACAAAAUUCAAACUUCAAUCGUUUGUAACUUACAAACGAUAAGUUUUUGUCUUAAAUUUUUUGGCACAAGAACUUGAUACUAUAUUGCUAAUAUAAAAGCGUCAUAAAACAAAUGAAAUAUUUUUUUACUCAAAUGCUUUUAUUUCACCCCCACUCUUUCUUCUUUUAUCACUGCAGCACUAGGAACUCCCACUGGGCUUGCGCGAGGAGCUCAGAAAAUACAGGAUGUAUUAUCGCCCGUUAUUGACGCCAGAGGGAUGCGAAUAAGUUAGGGUAGAAACACACAUACAGCCGCGCGCAGCGGGGCGGGGCGGCGCGCAGCGACGGCGCUACACACAGAGAGCGUCCCGCAGCGAAAGGGGCAAGCAGCGCUAGUAUUCCAGACAGAACAGACCACAGCGGAGUGCAAUUACACACCUAUUCACUAGUAUCAUAAUGUCGCUGUCGAAGGUGCGUCGCCGUAUGUUUCUCGUUGAAAAUACAGUUCUGAAGUACAAUGUACUAACAAAAAAAAGGAGACGAUUGUGGAUACAUGAAAUAUGUGAAAGCAGAUGUUAUAACGGUGAAUAUCAUCAACUUUUUGCGGUAGUGAAAAGACAUCCGGACAGAUUUUUCCAGUACAUGAGAAUGUCGCUAAAUUUACAAAAUACUUAUUGCCAUGCUUGUAUUAACUGUACUGAACAACUUCUAAGUAUAUGUAAAGUAGGCCUACAAACGCGCAAAAAAUUCUAAGAAUGUUUAAAAGAAAAAAUAAACCUCCAGGACAAUAUAUUGAUAUAACUUAUUUAAAGAAGUGUAGUUGUUUAAGUGAAUACUAUUUACCCAAGUAAAGAACCAAAUUAUUUACCUUCCUCCUGACUGUACUGGUGUUUGAAAAAAAAGUGGUAACAAACUGUGUUUUUUUUUGUAUUUACGUAAAACACAUGAUCAUAACUUUCAUCAUUACUACGAGUGGCACGUCUGAGAUAUGGAUGAAAGCCUAAUGUUUCAUAUAGUGAUAAAGGAACGAGCACUUAUUGCAAAGAAUUUAGAUUCGAAAUAUUCACAAAAAAUUAUACUCACUGAUCAAUGUUAUUGAACGAUGAGGGAUCUGAGGAACAAAAUAAUUCAGGUGCUUCUUACUUAUAAAACCCUAAAUACUAAAGCUUUGACUGAGGCUGUAAUAAUAAAGAAUAUAUCAAACUGGGCUACUGGCGUAUUAAACUGAAAUAUUAACGAGUAGCAUAACCACAGAAUCCAAACGACACACAAAAGCAACAUGUCAAGGUUUAACCCCAAUAGAUUAAUAAUGCAAAGGUCACUGAAAUGACAUUCCAAUAGAGUACUGAAAUACACAACAUUAUGUUUAAUUGAUUCGCAAAACAUUAGGAGACAAAAUUGCAUUUAAAUUACCAUCCAAGUUUAAUUCCCAAAAUAUUAGCUGAAUAAAGAACAUUAAAAUAACAUGUCAACUUUAAUUCCCAAUGUAAUACUAGAAAAAGAAACAUUCAAAAUAAAAAAUACCAUCUUUGAAGUCCCGUACAUUUUUUUUAAAUAAAGAGUUGAAUGUAACUGAAUUUUAAGGAGUAAAAAGGUCCCAUAAUUGAUGUUUCAUUGAAUGUUAAUAAUGUGGGUAAGUUAUAUACGUACUAUAUUGCAAUAAUAUAACAUUUUCUGCUACUGUUCAAAAAAUUGUAAAAAUUGUGUAACCUGCCCCCUGCAGUACGGACAGGGACUGUGGUUUCUGUCCAAUGUUUCCGAGCACAGUGUACAAACACCAAGGUGUCCACAUGGUAAAAUAAUGUGUGUCACGGUUUGCUGUAAGCACACUCGACAUGUCCUGCCAACAGGUUCUACUGGACCAUCUUCAUUUCUACUUGGACUCAGUGCUCUGUCCUCUUCACAAGCUCCUUGUUCUACGUGCCAAAUUUCCUGAAAUUCUGCUUGCGGCAGUAUGUCACCCUCAUCUUCUUCUUCUUCUUCUUCUUCACUUUCUUGGUGACGAACGUGCGGGCGCUCCAGAAGGUCCACUAAUCCAUCUACUGUGUGCGAUAAGGAACGCAAAAAUGUACGGACAUUGUACUCCCCUGUUAAAAGCAUCCUAAUUCCAUGUCGCACCGUGAGGUUAUUACUGGUUGCUCUUUUAAAUGGUCGUACUUGGCGGCCGUCAAUAACUGUUCUCAUUUCUGCCGAGAAUUUGUUCGAAAAUUUAAUUAAGGUUUUAAUGAACUGCCAUAUGUUUGGGUGUGCUCCCAUGACACUCAGCAAACGUGAGUGAAAUGCUUCCAAAUGAUUGUUCGUUCUUUGCAGUUCAUUAAAAAUGCUGAAGUUCUCGGCACCAACACAACCGAGCCAGAAACGCUGAAAGUAAUCGAGAACAGAAUUAAUUUGCAGAAUGUUGGCCUCUUGGACAAAUUCUCUUAUGGCCCGAAGUCCAUCAAGAACGUUGACUGCGGGAGUUGAGUUAUCGUAAGCUUGUCCUCGUUGUGCUGGCAGAUGUGGGAGCGCCAUUAUCAUUUUGAUCGCCAGCUUUAUGUUUGGGUUGCAAUGACUCUCGCCAACCAACCCACGACGAAUAACUUGCCGCCACACAGCCUGCAAUAGAAACAUAAGAUAUAAUGACAAAGUAAAAACUAUAUAUGUCCUAUAUCAUCACUUGCAGGAAACAGCCAAUGGUGGCCGGGUGUGCAACAACAGCACACGUGCUUACAAUGUUUAGAUUCGAGAAUUAUUUGAUAUCCUUAAAAACUGUGUAUAAUGUGUAAAAACAAUAUUAAUAUCUUAUAGAAUUAAAUAACGGUAAUUUUUUUUGCAAUGCGAAAAGAAAGUGAAGUUAAAAAAAUUAAAGAAAAUUUGUAACUUUCAAAGAAAUUUUGAAUAAUUUUUUCAAAGUGUAAAAAAGAAAACUCUAAAAAAUCCUACAAGCAUUCUAAAAGUAAUCUACACCAUUAAAUUGUAAUAUUAUAUUUAAUUACUCAAUGAAUAUACGACACGAGGGGUUCUGGUUUCGAUUCCCAGUUAAGGCAUGGGCGUAAAUUUGUAACUGUCGUGCCCCCCGCAAAGGCCUGUGGCUGUUGGUGGACACGUCUCAAAUAUAAAAUAAAUAAAUUUUUUAUUAUAUUAAAAAAAACAUUUUGCCAAACAACUAUAAUAUAAAAUGUAAUGUACAAGCUAUAGGAAUGGUUUUUCUAAGUGUCUCAGUUUCAGUAAGUGACCAACUGAAUCUCUGAGCCAAAAAGGAAAUCUGUAUUUUCGGGUUGCAGUAAACUGUUUGACUUAUAUUCAUACAUAUUUCAUCAAAAUCAACUUCAAACCAUCUAUUUUAAAUUGUAUUUACCUGGCAAUAGUGAAACCAACAUCCACCUAUUCUCGAUUCUGCAUACACUACUCGUACAGCUCUUCGAAGUGCAAUUUCAAAGUCCAUGAUAAUACGCCGAACAUUCCACUGUAAAAUUGCUUCCUUCAAUUGCUGGAGCACGGCAACUUAUGCUGACUCGGUUCGAAAGCACAUUAGUGCUAACAUGAUAGGGAAAGCCUGUAAAAUGAAAUAAGAGAAAUUAUUAUGUUGAAUGUUUGUUAAAUUAAAAUUAAAAACUUCUAACUUCUGCUCAAUUUCUGAGUUGAUACAAAACUAUUCAGGUAGUAUGCUUUUCUUGAAAAUUUUCUCGUACAUGUUCGGAAACUAUCUUCAGUCAAUGAAUUAUUGUGUGUUCACUUAAUGUGUAAGUGUAAGAUAUGUAUUAAAUAGAAUACAAUUUUGUGUGGUAUCCUACAUUGUUAAGCGACAGCUCUUCUUAGAGGCAGGAGGACCCAGCUGGGUAUGACUAAAAAGUAGGUCAUGUUGACCUAGCACUGACUAAUUUAGUGAGUCUACUUUCCCGUGCAAUUGGCCCCUAACCACGUAACAGGCAUGUUAUCAUAAGUAAGAAUGCAAUAAUAGUUUUGGGGGAUAUAGUAUAAGGCUCAGACAUAUAAGUGAAAUUCAAACCUCACCUCCAUUUGUUUAGACUAAUACUCGGUUUUUUCGAUGAGUAUCUUUCGUAUAUUUGUCUGUCUCUUAUGUUGGCAAGGUCGGAAUGGAGUUAGGUGAACGAUGCCACUCGGUCUACACCACACACCAGGAUUACCUCCGCAGAGCGCAUGAACCUUAAAACUAACACCUUAUGCUAGCAUUUAGGGUAUAGGAGGUGAAGUUCACUAACUGGCAUACCUAGAAAGAUAAUGUAAUUUAGAUUUUCGGUCUUUAAUUUCAGGCAUGCCCUUAUUACACUACCUAACAAUAGCCCACACGUCACAACACAACCGUCGCUUAUCCACUAGGCCUAGCCAUAAUCUAGAUCCAGAAAGCUAACCAACGUGCCAAACGUCAACAUUUUAUCAACACCUCUACACGAAGAAGUCUAGUCUCUCUUCUCCUAGUAGCAUAACCUCCUGCAAUGCCUUCUCUUAUGUACAGCUCAAGAAAUGCAGUUUUCACACAGGUUGCGCCAGACCCACAAGUCUAACACUCGCAGACUAUGGGUGGCGUGGCGUACAUUUACUUAUGCUUUCACAUUGAAGUAUCUCAGUUACAUUUACUUUAUCCCUUCCAGCCCCCCUAAAUUACGUAGCUAGGAACACCUGCACUCCUCUGCAGGCUGACGACCCUCUCAACGUCUGGUCCUUGUUUCAGAACCAGUCCGCCUUGAUGCACAGACAUGAGAAAAGUUCACUAGUCUAUGACACACAUUGCACCUUUUAAGAAAUAAAAGUUAUAAGUCGAAAUUUUUCCCUUUUGCGUUAUAUCUGUGUGCCAUGCCAAAGAAAAUGCCAAGGAAAAUAUGCCAGUACAACAGAAGAACCCCAAACAUUUUACAAAAACAAACAUUCAUAUUAAUUUUUAACGAAACAGGCCUUUCUUAAAAUCUAAGCAAACACACCAAUGUACAAAAAGUUUACUUUCAAUUUUUUUUUAAUAAUCUUCGCACCAAAAAAUGAGAACCCCGUUUAGUUUUAAUAAGGGCGUGCCCCAUCUCCGAACAAAACAAAAAAAAAAAGGUCAUAAAAUAAUUUCACCCUCACAAUAUUGACGUCAGCCGGGGCUUCGCCCCACGAGCCUGCUCAUCCUCCGUUCCCUUUCCCAAUACCUUCCCUACCCGGCAUUUGUGUCGUAACGUACGUAGCCGUGUGCGAUUCAAACUGCGCGCCACGAACUACAGCAAGAGGGCGCUUGGAUGCAGUGCGCCGCACCCCUAAAUAUAUUAAUUCACAUUGUAAACCUUUUUCUUUUAUUCUUUCGCCCCAGUGUUUUGUUACAGUUUAAUCAGGUGUUUCUUUAAUUUAAAUAUUAUGUUAAAUAUAAAACUAUAGACGUUGCCCGGGCGGACCCGAACAGGCACGGACUUGAACGAGGGUAGAAAUGUUUUAGCAUAAUUCUUAAUAACUACGUAAACAUUAAUGUAUUUUAAAUUACCAGUAAUUUCUAUAUAAUUAUUAAAUGUAAUCUACUAUUUACUUAACUUUCGCCGGGGCACGGAAUCGCAGAGUGUGUAAGGGUCAUUGUGUUCGGCGCGAAGGGGCGCCAUGUUGCCACCUGCAAACCAUGAUCUCACCCCAGUCUCCUUCUACAGCCGGCCGAGAGCGGACGUCUCUAUCGACACCUCGAGGACAUCACCGUUGAGUCACUGAGUAAUAAUUCCAUAGUUUAAUUUAUCUGAAUCUCUUUCUUCAUCCUCGGGGCCUCUCUCGGUCGGAGAGACUGUUUAAAUAAUUAAUAGUAACUUCUCGGAGUUUUUAAUAUCACCAUCGUAAUACGUAACGACUUGGGGCGGCCACGUGUAUGGUCCGCCUCUUCAUCUAAGCCGAUUCGUGCCCCGGGCAUUUUUACCAGUUGUACCAGUGAAGGAACGUGUACGGAAAUAAAUCGUGAGUACGUAAACUAAUUAACUGUGUUACGUGUCUUUGUGUUCGGGGGGGACCACGUGGGACCCUAACCUGGUCGGCGGCGUGUGGGACGCCCUGAGAGCCCACGGCGUGUUAGAAGCGUGCCCGACGCUGAGAGCGGGCUUAGGCAGGGUCGAGAGCGGCGCGGUUAAAAUCCAGAGGGCCAAAUAUCUCGCCGCACAUGGGCCACGUAACGCCCUGAGUAAGAGUAUCAAGCCGGGUCCACGUGCCCACUCACGUGGUGGCGCCCACUAUUUAAUAUCGAUAAAUUCACCACAACCCCGUACGCCCUCAAAUGGCGCCCAAGAGCGUGUGGCGGGAUAUUCGUGUCGUGAAUACCAGGUCCACACGAGUUAGCGCGAGUUAGGCGGUUGUGCACCGGAGCGCGAGAGACAACGGUACCGAGCGGUCACGUGACCAGCCGAGCGCGCGCGCUUCUGAGAAUUCGCAGCGAGCAGCCAGGUGGCUGUAUUCCUGGCAACAACAACAACUCAGGCAGUGUGUGUGUGUACCGCCAACCGCGUCGCGUCGCGUAGCGAGGAGAAGAGAGACAAUCGACCGGGUCUCACCACCACACAGCCAUGUCGGACAAUCACGGACUUAACAACAAUCCGGGCGCGAUUCAGGCAAGUGAGUUGUUUAAAAAGAAUAACUUGUAUUGUGUUAUGUGCGCGCGACCGCGCCAGAUGAGCGGGACGGCGGGAACCUCCUGGAUGGACACGUGCGUGUGCUUAGGGCAGUAUGACGUACCACGGUAUCACGAGCAGGCGGUACGGGCGGAGCAUUACGGGCCGGAACACGGGAAGUGCACGAGCGCGGAGUGCGGCGGAGACGUGCGGGGAGGAGGAUGGUGCCGGAACUGUCGCGCGUUCAAGCACACGGCAUGCUUCGCGAAAACCGAAAUCACCUCGUUUCAAGACGGGUGGUACACGUGCCAAUGGUGUCACCACGCGAGGCGAGCGAGUGUGCCGAGUCACAGCCCGGUGAGGGACGUCGCCGACACACCACGUGGCAGGAUACCCCUUGUAGGCCACUUCGAGCUGCCGGAGUUCGCCGGGAGGACCAGCGACGACCCGCGAAAAUUCGUGCGCGCGUGCCAAGAACGUCUGAGCCACUACGGAGACCCGGAGUGCGAGUGGGCGGACAGGGUCGGCAGCACGCUUAAGGGCGACGCCAAGACGUGGUGGCAGAUCACUCACGAGUACGACAUGCCGUGGGCGGAGUUUGCAAGGCAGUUCGAGACAAGAUUUGCUGACGUUAAGGCGGAAAUGAGAGUGCGGGCGGAGCUGUACUGCCUCGAGCAAGGGGCGACGGAGACGGCGGAGGCGUUCGUCAUCAAGAAAAUACGUCUACACAAGCGGCUGUGCCCCGACGGAGAGCCGACGGAGGUCCUGGAGCGGGCGGUGGAGCUGAUUCGCCCGGAACUUAGGCCACAUCUGCGCCUGCUGACGCGAUGCUCGGCCGAGGAGUUCGUCCAGCAUGCCCGCGCCAUAGAGCAAGACCUGCGGGGCGCGAGGCCGACUAGGGACACCACACCCUCCAGAGGCAAGCAGGAGGACGUGGCGCCCGCCGACACCAAGGCGCUGGUGCCCUACGUCACACCCACUCGGAGCGACACCCGGCGCGACGAGUCCGGGUCAGGCGGCCCUCUCCAGCCAGCAUGGCGGAGGCGUACUCCUGACGGCAGCCAACCACCGCAGUGCCACACGUGCCCGCCCGGCACGCGACACUGGCACGAGGACUGCCCGGUGCGGAACAAGUUCCGGCCCGACAUCAUGAACAGACGGCCGUCGGGAAACGGGCGGCAGGGGGCGGCGAACUGAAACGGCUCACUCCCCCCCCGCCACGAUCAACAACAACGGACCAACAACGGCGGGGCCUCUCCUGGGUCACGUGGGAGCAGCGGAAGCAGACCUGUUGCGGAUCCCGGUGUUUGUCAACGGGCGCGCAGUCCACGCGCUUGUUGACACCGCCGCCAGCCAUAACUGCGUGGCCGUGCGCGUGAUCGGCCGCGCUGACGUCGAGUCGCGCCCAGGCCAACUCCACCUGGCAACUACGGGAGACGUCUGCCACACCCGGGGCGUCGCGACGCUGGAGGUAGACGUGCAGGACCACCGAUCCACCACGACGGCACUGGUCGUGGAGCGACUGCGCGACGACGUCAUCCUGGGGCUGCCUUGGCUCUACGAGCAGCACGCCGCCAUCGACGUCCGGGCCGGAUGCGUGCAUAUCGGCACCCAGGGACGACGCACCAUCCACGGGCUGGGUAGGCCGACUCCACCAGCAGUAAACAAGGUCAGUCUCGACGAGUUUCAGCACGGGGUGCCCCCCGAGUUCCAUGCCAUCAUCCAGCAGGUCCUCGAUCACCAGUGUAAUGUGUUUGCAUCCGCGGAUCCGCUAAAACGUACCACCAUAGCUGAACAUGCCAUCCCAACCCAUCCUCACGAGCCCAUGUUCAUCCCGCCCGGUAGUUACGGCCACGCCGGUAAACAGACCAUCCUAGACCAGGUUCAGGACAUGUUACAGGACGGGAUAAUUGAGCCUAGCGAGAGCCCAUACAAUUUUCAGGUCGUGCUGGCAGAGAAAAAGGACGGCAAAUUACGUUUUUGUGACAACUUUAAGCCUAUUAACAGAGUAACAGUUAAUGCACCGCCCCCUCUGUUGAACAUAGCCGACACGCUCACGGGACUGGGAAACGCCAAAAUAUUCUCUUCCCUUGACUUAAAAUCGGGGUAUUGGCAAGUGCCCAUACGGCAGGCGGACCGGCCCAAGACAACAUUCACGGCCCCAGACGGGCGUAGGUUUCAAUUUUGCGCGAUGCCAUUCGGCCUCCAAGACGCCCCAGCCACGUUCCAGGGGAUGAUGACACGCGUUCUAGAUAAUUAUUCGGGCAAGUUUGCAGCCGCAUACCUCGACGACAUAAUUAUAUGGUCACAGACGUGGGAGGAGCACGCACAUCACCUAGCGCUAGUCUUAGAACGCCUGGAGAGCCAUGGCCUCACGUGUAAUCGCGAGAAAUGUCACUUGGGGACCACGGAACUGGACUUCCUGGGUUUGGUAGUCAACGCAGAGGGAAACCGGCCCACGGAAAAACAACUUGUCAUUGUCAACAAAGAGCCCCCACGCACUCGUAAACAGCUGCAGAGAUUCCUGGGAUUAGCCAACUGGCUGCGAGCCUUCAUUCCGGAAUUCUCAGUAAUAGCCGCGCCGAUGACGGAACAGCUGUCACCCAAGCGACCGUUUCGGUGGACAGCGCAGGCUCAGGACGCUUUCGACGAGUUAAAGAACAGGUUUCGGCGGUGUCAUUUGCUCGCGCGACUGGACCCGACCAAGACGCUGAUCGUACAAACGGACGCGAGCGAGAAGGGCAUAGGGGCCAUACUCCUACAACUCGGCGAUGACGGCGAACCCCGGGUAAUCGAAUACGCGAGCGCAAAGUUCGGGGACGUCGAGCGGCGGUACAGCGUUAAUGAGAGAGAGUGUCUCGGCGUGGUUUGGGCCCUGAGGCGCUACCGCCCACACUUGGAGGGACAGUCCUUCGUGUUGCGGACGGACAGCCAAUGUCUGAAGUGGCUGGCCACCAUGCAGGGACGGCGUUCAAAACUGACUCGGUGGGCCAUGCUCCUACAGGCCCUAGAUUUCAAGGUCGAACACGUGCCGGGGAAGCAUAACGAGCUAGCGGACGAGCUGUCACGCAACCCGGACGUCACGAUAACAGCACACGACGAUGCCGAGUGGGAAGAACUACUACCGCCGUCCAGUGGGCGCACACCCCGAACAUCUCACACCUCGACACCGAACGCCGCACUUUGCGCGAUCGCCCCGAACACCACACCGACACUACCCCCAGGCGCGGAGCUCGACGACCUGGACGCGUACGUGCGGGCGGUCCAGCUGACGGACCCAAACACACAAGGACUCAUACGUCACUGCGGAGAGGCGGAAUGCGAGGGGUACCGGGUGGUGGACGGGCUACUCCAGGCACGACCGAAGGGGACGGACGACCCAUGGCGGACAUUCGCACCGUCAACUACGAGGCGGGAGGUUUUCGACAUGUUCCACGUGAACCGACUAGCAGGACAUCCCGGCGCAGACCAGACGCGUCACGACGUACGGGGGCGAUUCUACUGGCCAGGGGUGAACCAGUUUGUACGAGAUUGCGUACGGAAGUGCCGGCACUGUCAGCGGCACAAGGCACGCCGUACAGACGGGACAGCUCAGCAGAUACCUAGGCGACCCACUGAGCCCUUUCACACGGUCGCCCUUGACCUCAUGGGGCCGUAUCCACGAUCGCCGCGAGGGAAACGAUUUUUGCUGGUCGUGACAGAUUGUUAUACGCGCUGGGUAGAGGAGUACCUCCUCACGAACGCCCGGGCCAGCACCAUUGCGCGCAGUCUAGAGACAGAGUUUUUCCCUAGGUGGGGCUACCCACGUGUCCUGCUGACAGACAACGCCACCCAGUUUGCCGGGCGCCGGUGGGCGCAGCUGGGGAGGAAGUGGCGGGUCAUCCUGCACACCACACCCAUAUAUCACCCACGCGCAAACCCCACGGAGCGACGUAAUCAGGAGGUAAAAGUGCAGCUGCGGUUGAGACUCUCGGACGACCACGCCCAGUGGGAUGCCCACAUCCCCGACAUACUGUACUGCAUCCGACGACGGGUGAAUGCUGCAACCGGCGAAACACCGGCCACAAUGGUCCAGGGGCGGAACCUCACUCUCCCCGGGGAAUACCACGUGCGCCAACAACAACAGAUCGAGGCGGAUGUAGAGAGCCCCGAGAUGCGCUUGAGGCGGUUGGCCGAGACGCAUGACGCCGCGCGACGCAACCAGGAGGCGUACCAGGCACUGCGAACACCCGGGACAACUCGCCCACCACCUGACUUGAUCCCCGGCCAGCUGGUAUACGCCCGACUUCACCCACUCUCUUCCGGCCGUCGCAACUUCUGCGCCGGAUUAGCGCCGAAGUGGCUCGGCCUGGUGACGGUAAUUAAAGCGGGACCCACGGCGGUGGUGAUAAAACUACCCUCCGGCCGGGCCGCAAAAUACCACCGGGACGACGUCAGGGUAGCGGGGCGAGAAGACGGGGAGACGGAGAACGUGACGGACGACGGAGCGGCGGAGCGGCGGGAAGAGACGGAGAACGUGACGGACGACGGGGAGACGGAGAACGUGGCGGACGACGGAGCGGCGGAACGGCGGGAAGAGACGGAGAACGUGAUGGACGACGGAGCGGCGGGAAGAGGCGGAGAACGUGACGGACGACGGGGAGACGGAGAACGUGGCGGACGACGGAGCGGCGGAACAGCGGGAAGAGACGGGGAACGUGAUGGACGGCGGAGAGGCAGCACAACCGGUCACGUCCACACCAACGGACGCGGACGGGGACGGGUUCAGGGGCUUCCCGGAGGUAGAGGCGAGACAGGGGACACCCGCGGCAACGACGACUACCCGACCAAGGCGGCUGUUUGAGUAUUCGGGAGACGGGGCCUCACCCUUCAGGGGAUUCCUCAGUGACACGGCCGGAACAUCAGACCAACCAGAGCCCCAACCACUCGUAUGGGAGCCAGAGGGAGAGGAGGUUAGACCGGCAUCCCCAGACGAGCCGCUGUGGCCGCUACACUUCUCUCUGGCGGACGCUACGUUUAGUGUGACAGUGGAGGAGCCGCCGGAGGACGAGACGGCGCAGGGGGCGGCAGGAGAUCCCGCGUCGGAGACACUGAUCCCGGCGCCACGGUACCAGCUGCGAGCCCGCGUGCCCGCGCGAGAACCCAGAUGCUGUGCGAUAGGGACGUGGGAAGACAGCGCGCACACCAGGAGCAAGCACGCCCACCGGGCUCGAAAGGAAACGUCGGCAUGACAGGCUAUUCGAGAGGGGGGCAAUUGACGUCAGCCGGGGCUUCGCCCCACGAGCCUGCUCAUCCUCCGUUCCCUUUCCCAAUACCUUCCCUACCCGGCAUUUGUGUCGUAACGUACGUAGCCGUGUGCGAUUCAAACUGCGCGCCACGAACUACAGCAAGAGGGCGCUUGGAUGCAGUGCGCCGCACCCCUAAAUAUAUUAAUUCACAUUGUAAACCUUUUUCUUUUAUUCUUUCGCCCCAGUGUUUUGUUACAGUUUAAUCAGGUGUUUCUUUAAUUUAAAUAUUAUGUUAAAUAUAAAACUAUAGACGUUGCCCGGGCGGACCCGAACAGGCACGGACUUGAACGAGGGUAGAAAUGUUUUAGCAUAAUUCUUAAUAACUACGUAAACAUUAAUGUAUUUUAAAUUACCAGUAAUUUCUAUAUAAUUAUUAAAUGUAAUCUACUAUUUACUUAACUUUCGCCGGGGCACGGAAUCGCAGAGUGUGUAACGGUCAUUGUGUUCGGCGCGAAGGGGCGCCAUGUUGCCACCUGCAAACCAUGAUCUCACCCCAGUCUCCUUCUACAGCCGGCCGAGAGCGGACGUCUCUAUCGACACCUCGAGGACAUCACCGUUGAGUCACUGAGUAAUAAUUCCAUAGUUUAAUUUAUCUGAAUCUCUUUCUUCAUCCUCGGGGCCUCUCUCGGUCGGAGAGACUGUUUAAAUAAUUAAUAGUAACUUCUCAGAGUUUUUAAUAUCACCAUCGUAAUACGUAACGACUUGGGGCGGCCACGUGUAUGGUCCGCCUCUUCAUCUAAGCCGAUUCGUGCCCCGGGCAUUUUUACCAGUUGUACCAGUGAAGGAACGUGUACGGAAAUAAAUCGUGAGUACGUAAACUAA